GGUCAACCAGCCCAUAAAAACAUCUUCUUGUUUCACUCAAACACAACACAACAGCACACAAACCAAAUGGAAGGAGGGACUCAUCCGCGAAACUACUCCGCCAACCCCGCCGAUUAUAAGCUUCUAGAAGAAGUGGGUCAUGGCGGCACCGCCGCUGUCUGCAGAGCCAUUUAUCUUCCCUUCAACCAAGUCGUUGCGGUCAAGUGUUUGGAUCUGGAUCGCUGCAACAUCAACCUGGAUGACUUGAGCAGGGAGAGUCAGACCAUGAGCCUCAUAGACCACCCCAACGUGGUGAGGGCUUACUGCUCCUUCGCGGUGGGGCAGAGUCUCUGGGUGGUCAUGCCGUUCAUGGACCAGGGUUCCUGUUUGCACCUCAUGAAGAUUGCUUACACCGAUGGAUUUGAAGAAGACGCAAUCGGAUCCAUCCUCAAGGAAACUCUCAAGGCCUUGGACUACCUCCACAAGCAGGGCCAUAUUCAUCGAGAUGUCAAGGCCGGCAACAUUUUACUUGACAGCAACGGCGCCGUCAAGCUCGCCGACUUCGGCGUCGCGGCUUGCUUGUUUGACGCCGGUGAUAGACAGCGUUCCAGAAACACUAUCGUCGGAACUCCCUGCUGGAUGGCUCCGGAGGUGCUUCAACCCGGAAGUGGUUAUAAUUCCAAGGCUGAUAUUUGGUCAUUUGGGAUUACGGCGCUCGAGUUGGCUCAUGGUCAUGCACCAUUUUCAAAAUAUCCUCCAAUGAAGGUUCUUCUGAUGACCAUAAAGAAUGCCCCUCCUGGACUUGAUUAUGACCGUGAUAAAAAGUUCUCUAAGUCUUUUAAGGAAAUGGUUGCUAUGUGCCUGGUGAAAGAUCAAACAAAAAGGCCGUCAGCGGAUAAGUUACUGAAACAUUCCUUCUUCAAACAUGCCAAGCAUCCUGAACUCUCUGUAAAGAAAUUGUUUGCUGACUUACCACCUCUUUGGAAACGUUUAAAAGCCCUCCAGCUCAAAGAUGCUUCUCAACUAGCACUGAAGCAAAUGCCUUCUGCAGAAGAAGAAGCAAUGUCUCAGAGUGAAUACAAACGAGGAGUUAGUGCAUGGAACUUUGAUAUUGAUGAUUUGAAAGCUCAAGCUUCUUUGGUGAGGGAUGAUGAUGAUAUUGCAGAGAUGAGGGAAGAAGACGAAAGCAAAUUUUUCACCAAUUACAAGGCUGGUGCAGUUGAUUCCCAGUCUGGUACUAGCAAAAUGGAUUCAGAGAAAUUACUACAGCAUACAAUCACAUCAGAAGUAAUUGCUGCUGAGAUAAAACAGAAUGAGCAGAGUAAAUACUUGAACAAAAAGGAGAUUCUUGAAAGUGAUCUCCAGGAACCUAAAUUACCCAAAAAUAUUAUUUGGAAGAGAAAUGGAUCAAUUACAGAAGCAACAACAUCUAGUGUAGAGAAAGGUAUAGGUACGAGUAAAAUUAAAAGUCAGUCUGUGAAAAGUCAUCAAACCCAAAGUGGGCCACUGUUGCCAGGCACAGUUGUCAAUCAUUCUUUGUCAGGACGUACAUUAGAAAGGCUUGAGAACGGAAAUCAGUUGCCAGUCGAGAAAAAUAAUCGUGAAGCGCGACGAACUCCAAGUUUUAGUGGUCCAUUGAUGCUUCCAACUCGAGCUUCAGCAAAUAGUUUAUCAGCACCGAUAAAGUCUUCUGGAGGAUUCAGAGAUUCCUUGGAUGACAAAUCCAAGGCUAAUCUAGUACAAAUUAAAGGGAGAUUCUCUGUGACGUCAGAAAAUUUAGAUCUUGUGAAGGGAUCAAAACUGCGGAAAUCUGCCAGUGUUAGUGAUUGGAUGUUAGAUUCCAAACAAAUGCCAGUGGGUCAGGCCACCAAAGAUUCUGCCACCACCAAUAUCUCUGAAUCACUUCUUUUUGCUCAACUUCUAAAUCUUUGCCAGCAAACAUCUAUUCAACAGGAUCUUAUAAUGAAUCUGUUAAAUAGCUUGCAACCUGCUGAAGCAAAUGAUGUUUUGCAGAAUGGAAAGUUGCCACCAUUACCUCGCAGUUCAGAGAUCAACGGAAGUGUGGAUAGCGCAGCUUCAGAGAGGGAACGUCUUCUGCUGGUCAAAAUUUUGGAGCUUCAAUCUCGGGUGAUCAAUUUGACUGAUGAACUGACUGCUGAGAAGCUAAAAUACAUGCAGUUGCAACAACAGCUAACGGCUCUCUACAGUCAAGAACAAAAUGGGGACAGAAGAGAUGAAGUUAUAUGAAACCUGAUUCAUUCUGAUCUUCUUUGAAGAAGUACAUGUACAUUCAUUUGUAAGUGAUAAAUGAUAGAUGAUCUCCAUUCUUUCUCUCUGCUGAAGGAGAACUGCUUUUUGGAUAUUGGAAAAAGAGACACAUCUUCCCCGAUCUAAUUUGCCUUGCGAUCAAUAAGCUUCUAUGAAAAUCUAUAGGCCAGCAAGGGAAAUAUACAUACAUAUAUGAAAAAGCUAAUCUUAUUAUUUAUUUCAUUCAAAAUUCCGAUGUAACCGAAUGGAUCAUGGCAAAUGUGCACAACUUUAGCUGAUAUGAAUCAUAAUAGUAAUUUUGGUGCCAAAAAAGAAUGGAUCAUGGCAAAUGUGCACUAAUUGUAGGGUCAUCAAUAAUGUAACAUUAUGUAUAGACAUCUUGUCCCUAGACUUGAUGACCUGCUUGAUGCUUGUUUCAUUUCGUGGGUAUUGUCAAAUUAGGAUAAAGGAAGAAGAUGAAUGGAAGAAUGUAUUCAAAAUUAAAUAUGAACUGUAUGAGUGGUGUGUAAUGUAUUUUGGAUUAAUUAAUGUCUCAGGCAAAUUUCUUGAAAAAUUUGUCGAUGUAUAAGUUGAUGACAUUUUGAUUUAUUCCAAGAAUUUUGAAGAGCAUUGAAUAUCUUAAUUAUGUUUUGUAAUGUCCUUGGCUUGCUUAGAUAAGAGUAUUGUUUGCGCUAUUCAUCUAAUUUUUCUUAAUUUUGUGGUAAGUUCAAAAGGAGUAUAGGUUAAUAAAGAAAAAGUUAAGGUCAUUAGAGAUUGACCAAUCCCAAAUUCGUUUGUGAUGUUUGGAGUAGUAAGCUUCUAUAGAAGAUUAGUAAAUGAUUGCUUAUCUCAUUGAAUUUACUUACAAAAGGGUAAUAUAUGUUAAUACACAAUAUUUUCCUUUUGAAAAUGUUUAUGGAUUUAAUCCUCUAACUUCUCUUAGUUUGUUUCCCUUCUUCUUUAAUACAUAAGGAUGAAAAAGCUAAGUUUAAAUAUGUGAAAAAGCUCUAUAAAGCUAACAUGCUAACAAAGGAAAGAAGAAAGUUAUGUUUAAACUUCAAUAUUGAGUGUAAGCUCACAUGAUAAAAAAAACA